GCGGCCGCCUCGCGCUCGGGCCACGUCCGCCGGCCGCGGGGACACGGGGACCGCAGCCGCGCCGCCCGCCGCCAUGCGGUUCCGGUUCGGGGUGGUGGUGCCGCCCGCGGUGGCCGGGCGGGGGCCGGAGCUGCUGGUCGUGGGCUCGCGGCCCGAGCUGGGGGGCUGGGAGCCGCGCGGGGCCGUGCGCCUGAGACCGGCGGGCACGGCUGCGGGCGCCGGGGCGCUGGCGCUGCAGGAGCCGGGCCUGUGGCUCGGGGAGGUGGAGCUGGCGCCCGAGGAGGCGGCGCAGGACGGGGCGGAGCCGGGCCGCGUGGACACGUUCUGGUACAAGUUCCUGAAGCGGGAGCCGGGAGGAGAGCUCUCCUGGGAAGGCAAUGGACCUCACCACGACCGUUGCUGUACUUAUAAUGAAAACAACUUGGUGGAUGGUGUUUAUUGUCUCCCAAUAGGACACUGGAUUGAGGCCACUGGGCACACCAAUGAGAUGAAGCACACAACAGACUUCUAUUUUAAUAUUGCAGGCCACCAAGCCAUGCAUUAUUCAAGAAUUCUCCCAAAUAUCUGGCUGGGUAGCUGCCCUCGUCAAGUGGAGCAUGUAACCAUCAAACUGAAGCACGAAUUGGGGAUUACAGCUGUAAUGAAUUUCCAGACUGAAUGGGAUAUUGUACAGAAUUCCUCAGGCUGUAACCGCUACCCAGAACCCAUGACUCCAGACACCAUGAUUAAGCUAUAUAAGGAAGAAGGCUUGGUCUACAUCUGGAUGCCGACCCCAGAUAUGAGCACUGAAGGCCGAGUACAGAUGCUGCCUCAGGCUGUCUGUCUCCUCCACGCACUGCUCGAGAAUGGACACACCGUGUACGUUCACUGCAACGCCGGGGUCGGCCGGUCCACCGCGGCCGUGUGCGGCUGGCUCCAGUACGUGCUGGGCUGGAAUCUGAGGAAGGUGCAGUACUUCCUCAUGGCCAAAAGGCCGGCUGUGUACAUUGAUGAAGACGCAUUGGCCCGGGCAGAAGAAGAUUUUUUCCAGAAAUUUGGGAAGGUUCGUUCUUCCGUGUGUAGUGUGUAGAUGGCCCAUCUGCCUCCCCACCCUCCCGAUGUCCUUAGGAACCCAGUUUCCUUAGGUGACGUCAGUGGAAAGACCUAGAAACGAAGAUUCCAUCAGAACUAACAAGACUGGUCACUUGGCUUUUCCCACAACCCACCCCCUCUAGUCUGGGGCUGACUUUCUAUUAUGCUUUGGUUGGACUGUAUUUUCUUUGAAAUGUUUUACAGUGGAAAUUGUGACUGACACAUGAGAAAAAGCCACAAGCAAUUGCGCUGUGCAGUGUUCUAGCAUCAGACGGAAAAGUAAUGCAUCAAGUUCCUGCUGCCUGCCUGCACACCAGCCCUUUGCUUUACAGUUGCUGGAUUUGUUGCGCGAAUUAAUGACCACAUCUUCUUGCUGCAUUGUAAUGUGACAGGCAGGAGUGUAGAUUUGACCACUUGUGUGUUGAUACACACACACACACACACACACACACACACACACAGGUGCAUUGCUUUCCUGCUCAGCUGAAUUGAAAUGAUAAAAUGAGAGCUGGUCAGUUGCCAGAGAAGGGAAUAGGGGGAGAGGCCUGGGCUGUGACGAAGGAAGAGCUCACACUGACUGAAAAGUGAUGGCUUUCUAGACUUCGUGUUGGCAUCCUGCUUCACAGUUGUUCAAGUUGGUUCUAGGGAAUCACCUUUCUUCUCUACCCACAACCCUGUGUGACAACCAAAGGAGAGUUAUUGUCUGUCUCCUUGUUUUAGUUGAGGUUCAAGGAGCGUUUAGUUGACAGCUUGCCCGAGGUCUGAGGGCUAGUCGGGGGCCAGCUGGUGUUUAAAACCCACGUUGAGGUGACUCAGUGCUUUCAACACAACUUGUCUUUUCGGCACAGUAUAGUGGAUUCUGUUUCUCUCAGAGUAGGGUCAGUUUUUCUGCAGCAGUGUCUACAGUGAGAAAUGGAACAUCAUUCUGGUUAGUUGCCAGAGAAUUUAGGAAAGUGGCUAUGUUUUGGGCAACCUAAUUUGAAAUAUGAUGGGCUGUCUCAACACCCAAGUGGCCGGAGCCAUCGCUCAAGAGGGGAGCUGUCCUACCAAAAGAGCCCCAAUCCAUGAAUAAUUGUUGCACAGUUUAGGAGCCAUCCUGUUUCAGCCCUCAGUUUAAAACAAUACGUAGUUAACUGUGCCUCCAGGAUAUCUAGCUCACUACCCUAGGUUCUGUAGGAAAUACAAAGAUUAACAAGACUUUGCCUUCGAAAAGGUCGCAGCACAGAAACAGCCGUGUGUUCAGUCAACCACACUGCAGGGUCGAACCACGAAUGAUAGGCCAGAAUAGGGAAAGGAGAAGUAACUUUUAUUGGGUGCCUCGUGCGUGCCAGGUGCUUUACAAUUUUAAUUUAACCUUCACAGUACCCUAUGAGGGCGGUUCGUUACUUCUGAUACAUAGAUGAGGAAGUGAAGGCUCAGAUAGUUAAAUCAACUGCCCAGCAUCACACGGUGAAUAAAUAGAGGAAAUGAAAUACAAAGCUUGGUUUGUCUGAUUCAGUGCCUGUGCUUUUUCUAUUAAGUUACAAUGCCUGUUUAUUUUUCUGCUCCUUUUUUUCUUCCAUAAUUAUUUAUUGAUAGAUAUGAGAGACGGACGUAUGGGGGACACAUGGGUGAGUUUCCUGGAGUUCAGAGGAGGGAGGGGUGUCCUCACGGUGGGACUCGUGGGACGACUUUUGAUUUGUCAGAGAAGGCCAGACAGCUCACAUUUCUCCUGCAAGUUUACAAAGUUAAAUUUAUAAGGCAGGAUUGAGUAUUAUGAAAUCUAGCUCCCUUGAUAAAAAUAACUAGAGAUAACUAUUGUAUCCAAGUAACCCAUUUAUGAUCAUAAUGUGUUGUGUAAAAUUCAGUCUUAAAAAUGGAAUAUUUCUAAUUAUGUGUGUGUGUACAUGUGUGUGAGAAUUUCUUUAAUGCCUGAGAAGUUCAGCUAUGUAACCACCACUAUAGAAAGACCCCUAUGGAUGGAUUUUCUCCUUUUUCUCCUGAUAGGCAAAAUCAGUUUAGUGCUAUUAAAGAAUGUUUUAGAAUAACCUCUCUUGUCCUCAAUAAAUGGAUGUCUGAUGUAUUUCAAAAUCACCUGGGAUUUUGCUAAAUAAAAGCAUUAAAAAUGA